AUGGCAGCCCGAAGAGAUCAAAUAUACACCAACCUAGUUAUAAAAUUAAACGACAUUGUUAUCCAAGAAGUUGAACAGUUCUCCUAUCUGGGAAGUAUAAUAACAUAUAAUAAUACAUCUACUAUGGACAUAAAAAAAAGAAUAACUUUAGCUAAACAAACCUUCAUAAAGAAAAACAGUCUAUUAAUUAGCAAACACCUUAAAAUCGAAACGAAGAAAAAAUUCAUUAAAACAUUUGUGUGGAGUGUGUUACUAUAUGGAUGUGAAACUUGGACUAUCAAGAAAAAGGAAAAGGACCGUUUAGAAGCAAUGGAAAUGUAG